CGAGUCUCUCCUUCAGUUCUUGUACUCCCUUCCUUUUCUUCCCCCUCCAUCCGCCCCUUUUCCCCAUCUCUUCGUGUGUUGGUCAACUUUCCCAUCCCCAACCAAAAAAAUUUAUCCCAUUCCUCAAUCAUAUCGGCGGAUUUAACUAGCAAAUUUGAUCAAUUUCAUGCUUCUAGCUAGUUCUUCACGAUGAACGAACCAUUUAUCGCGACGAAAAACCCGGGGCCUCCGAAGGCUGGCCCUUCGCUCCUGGCCUGCCUCCUCUGCCGGCAUAAGCAUCUUAAAUGUGACGGGAAAACUCCUGUGUGUGGCCGCUGUGCGGCCACCGGAUCAGAGUGCCAAUAUACUCCUUCGCGCCGCGGGUACAAAGGUCCGUCAAAGAAACGCCGUGCCAACCCGUCCCCCGAUGAAACGGCCGACGAUCUGGCGGCCUCCUUUGACCCCCAGUCGGUGGGCUUGGUCAACAUUCCUCCCGACUGGAACGGCCUGCAGAACGGCUUCCAGUACAUCCCAACCGCCACCUUGACGACCCCAUCCUCGGGAAGCCCCGGCUUGACCGAGAAGUCCAGCUCCUCGCAACCCGUCCCAUUACACAACGAGCCGCUUACCCCGGACUCCUCGUCCACCGUCCCCGGUGAUGGCUAUUUGAUCGAUAUUUACUACACAUAUUUCCAUCCGUCCCAUCCCAUUUUACCUCCCCUUCGUUAUCUGUAUCGCUCAUACGUCCCACCAUACCUCGACCAUGUCAUCAAGUUCAUCGGUUCACACUUUACCCCGGCCGCCUCUAGCGAGAAUUACCGACCCAACGUAAUGUCGUCCGUCAUGAAGCAGGAUUCCUGUAUAGAGAAGCUUCAGGCGCUUCUGCUACUGGCCAUUGUACUCCAUUCGCGCAACGAGCGACCCGAGGCUGGAGAGUGUCUGGCUACGGCUGUAGAUAUCGCCUUUGAAUUGGGCCUAAACAAUCACAGCUACGCAACGACAAUGAACGAAGGUGACCCGAUGCGAGAGGAGAGCCUGAGGCGUACGUGGUGGGAAUUGUACAUUAUCGAGAACAUGCUGACUGCACUUGGACUCCAGCGAACCGCUCGCACGGGUCUGGUGGCGCCUGAGGUCGGGCUGCCCUGUGAGGAACGUAUAUAUCAGGACGGAUUGGUCCCACCACCUGCCCCGACCAUUGCGCAGUUCGAUGAACGUGUAUUCGCCGAUGAGGAGAGAGAUUUCUCCUCUUUCACAUAUCGUAUUGAAGCAGCUCGUAUCCUUGGGCGAGUGGUGUCUAUACAAGACAUGGUGGAAGGCCAGCAGGACCAUGUGGAAGCUAUCGACGCGCGGAUCACCAGUUGGUUCCACCACCUGCCGGAAUCUAAAUCUGAGUUGCUGCGUUCGGAUGGAUCGGUCGAUGAGAUGAUGUUUCAGGCGACCAUGGUCGUCAACGGUGCGGCGAUCUACCUUCACUUCCCAAGAUCCGAUCUGCUGUCGUCGCCGGCGAUGGCUGCGGAAGUCAUCUGUGGCCAUCAUGGCCCUUGCAGCAUUCCUGCUUUCUCGCAUCAUGCACACGCGAUGAAGGCUGUGAAAGCGGCCAGUGAAAUUUCUUCGUUGGCGUCUAUUCGCAUGCCAGUCGUGAAACACACUCCUUUCUUUAUCUGUGCUCUAGUAAUGAGCUCUAUUGUGCAGCUGGCUGCCUGCUCCGUGAAAGCCGGACAAAUGCCCGAUCCGAGUCGAGACCGACUCACGCUCACGAUCGGGGUCUUCAAGUCUCUCGGCCGUACGUGGGCCAUUUCCCAGGCCAUCGUCCGCCAGAUCAAGGCUGUCGCGCGCGACGUGAUGGACCUUGGCUUGCGACCAACCAUGGAUCAUAUCGACUUGAAUAGCGUCCUUGACAGCGGUCGAUUCUGGAUGCCAGAAUCCCUUGCGCGGUAAAGUGUUUCAAAAAUUUGGGAUCUACUUCGCGUUUUUGGAAUUUCAAUCUUGUUCACAUCAUCUGACGGUAUGGCUAUCGAUACCCACCGCAGAGAUUAAUACAUAAAAGAUCAGCCAACAUGUCGAUGUACGCAUAUUUACCGACAGGGAUGGCUGCACUGACCCCCAGCCCUAUUGGAAAGGAAAUGACAUAUAUUCACGUAGGCGUUUUGUUGAUGAUUACAUGGAAUUUGGCACUGGUGCAUAUCAUGACUGGACGCUAGAUACUUGGAGAAGUUUCAUCCAUCAAUGUUAACCAUAUAUUGGCACGAACAAUCAAUAUGAUUCUUAUCACGAGUUGAACACGCCCCUGAU